AUGACUUCCCGAUUAAUGCCCUCGGCCACUUUUGGCCGGCGCUUGCUGCGCGGCCCUGUCCCCAGCACUCUCCGACGCCUCGCUUUCACUUCUACCAGAGGUCCAGUUCCGACAGUCCUGCAACGUCGCGCUUUCACCUCUUCUAGACUCGGAUACCAACAGGCUUCCACCUCGCAGGCCUUCCACUCGCAAUUGGAAGACCCAGCCACCGCCGCCAUCUUUUCGAACUUGCAAUCCUCCAAGACUGUUCCUCAAACCCUGACCGAAAAGAUCGUCCAGAAGUACUCUGUGGGCCUGCCCGAGGGCAAGUUCGUCCAGUCGGGCGACUAUGUCACCAUUGCCCCCCACCGAUGCAUGACCCACGAUAACUCAUGGCCCGUGGCCUUGAAAUUCAUGUCCAUCGGAGCGUCUAAGAUCCACGACCCCAGUCAGGUUAUCAUGACUCUCGAUCACGAUGUCCAGAACAAGUCCGAAAAGAACCUCCAAAAGUACCAGCAGAUCGAGGAGUUUGCCAAGCUCCACGGAGUGGAGUUUUAUGGCGCCGGACGCGGAAUUGGACAUCAGUUGAUGGUGGAGGAGGGCCAUGCUUGGCCUGGAACUCUCUGCGUGGCGAGUGACAGUCACUCGAACCACUAUGGUGGCAUUGGAGCAUUGGGUACACCCAUUGUUCGUACUGAUGCAUCUUCGGUUUGGGCAACAAAGAAGACAUGGUGGGCUAUUCCUCCUGUCGCAAAGGUCAACCUCAAGGGUGUCCUUCCCACUGGUGUCACUGGAAAGGAUCUUAUUGUCGCUUUGUGUGGAAUCUUCGGACAAGACGAUGUUCUGAACCACGCCAUUGAGUUCACUGGUUCUGAGGAGACCAUGCGCAGUCUGCCUAUCGACUACCGCCUGACCAUUGCUAAUAUGACCACCGAGUGGGGUGCUCUUUCUGGUUUGUUCCCUAUGGACGAUGUGCUCAAGGCUUGGAUGACCGCCAAGGCCACACUCGGAGCCAUGGGAUUGGCUGGCGGUGAUGGUACCUACAAGACUUUGGCGUCCCAGAACUUCACCCACGCAGCCAUUGAGGAGCUUUUCGCGAACCCUAUGACUGCCGAUAAGGGAGCCAAGUAUGCCAAGGAGUUGUUCAUUGAUCUCUCUUCCCUCACCCCCUACGUUUCAGGCCCCAACUCUGUCAAGGUCGCCACCCCUUUGAGCGAAUUGGAAGCCGCCGACAUCAAGGUCAACAAGGCUUACCUGGUGUCUUGCACCAACUCGCGUGCCUCUGAUAUCUGUGCCGCUGCUCAAGUCUUCCGGGAAGCUACCGAAAAGAACGGAGGCCAGGUCGCCAAGAUUGCCGAAGGAGUUCAGUUCUACAUUGCCGCCGCUUCCAUCCCCGAGCAGCGAGCCGCCGAGGAGGCUGGCGAUUGGCAGGUCCUGCUUGAUGCCGGUGCCACCACUCUUCCUGCUGGAUGUGGUCCCUGCAUCGGUCUCGGCACUGGUUUGCUCGAGCCCGGUGAGGUCGGCAUCAGUGCCUCUAACCGUAACUUCAAGGGUCGUAUGGGAUCCAAGGACGCUUUGGCUUACCUUGGCAGCCCUGAAGUCGUGGCUGCGAGUGCCUUGAGCGGAAAGCUCAGUGGUCCUGGCUGGUACCAGACCCCCGAGGGCUGGAAUGGCGUUGUAUACGGCGAGGGCGACGGAAUCCGCGAAGAGGACCGUAUGCUUACUACUGAGGAGGCUCUAGAGAAGCUCCUCGGCGAGAUGGACGACCUUGUGGCUGAUGGCGAGAAGCGCUUCGCACCCGAAGAGUCCGCUUCCGCUGAGGUCGAAGUCGCCUCUGAUGACUCUCUCACCGAGCUCUAUCCCGGCUUCCCCGAGCGAGUCUCUGGUGAGAUUGUUUUCUGUGAUGCCGACAAUGUCAACACCGACGGUAUCUAUCCCGGUAAAUACACCUACCAAGACAACGUCUCGGAAGAGAAAAUGGCGGAGGUCGUCAUGGAGAAUUACGACGGCGAAUUCACCAAGAUCGCCAAGCAGGGCGAUAUCUUAGUUUCCGGCUUCAACUUUGGCUGCGGCAGCUCCCGUGAGCAAGCCGCCACUGCCAUUCUGGCCAAGAAGAUUCCUCUCGUUGUCUCUGGCAGCUUCGGCAACAUCUUCUCCCGCAACAGUAUUAACAACGCCCUGAUGGGUCUUGAGGUUCCUCGUCUGGUCAGCCGUUUGCGUGAGACUUUCAGCCAGGGCGAGAAGGCCCUUACCGUCCGCACUGGAUGGACUCUUACUUGGGAUGUCCGCCGCAGCCGCAUCGAGGUCCAAGAAGGCCCCAACGGCCCCAAGUGGACCCACAAGGUUGGCGAGCUGCCGCCUAAUGUGCAGGAGAUCAUCGCCAAGGGUGGUCUUGAGAAGUGGGUUAAGAACGCCAUCGGUGCCUAA